AUGAAAUUUGUUCGAAAAGAUUUGAUUGUUGAACAUAUUGUGGUUGAUGGAUUUCUAACUAGUUACACUAGUUGGAUUUUUCAUGGUGAGAAAUCAUCUUCACCAAUAUGUGUGGAUCAGUUAGAUACAGGUGAUGAAAUGCAAGACAUGUUACAUGAAGCAUUUGGAAUUCCUCCUACAUCUAGCUUUGUUGAUAUGGACACUAGUGGGACUGAUGGAUUGGGUAGUUCAAAUCAACAUAAUAGGGGGUUUGACAAGAAGACUGGAGAAUUUUUUAAACUAUUGAAAGAAGUUGAACGUGAGUUAUACUCGGGUAGCAAGUAUUCUCUACUUUCAUUUCUUGUUCGUCUUUUACAUUUGAAGUGUCUCAAUGGGUGGAGUAACAAUUCAUUUUCCAUGUUGCUAGAGUUGUUAAAAGAUGUGCUUCCUGAAGGUGAAACAUUACCCAAGUCCUUUAAUGAUUCAAAAAAAAUUAUUAAAGAUUUAGGGCUUGAGUACAAAAAAAUACAUGCAUGUCCAAAUGAUUGUAUGAUUUAUUGGAAUGAUACAGAAGAUCAAAUAAAUUGUAAGAUUUGUAAAGCUCCAAGAUACAAACAAUUUAAAGGUGAAUCAAUCGACAAUAGUUCAAAAAUUCCAGCAAAAGUGUUUAGAUAUUUUCCAUUGAUACCACGACUUCAAAGACUAUUUAUGUCGACUAAAACAUCUACCGAAAUGAGAUGGCAUGCAGAAGGUCGCACUAAAGAUGGGGUAAUGCGACAUCCUGCUGACAGUAUUGCUUGGAGGAAUUUCGAUGAAACACAUGUUGAUUUCGCUCAAGAUCCUCGGAAUGUUAGACUUGGACUGGCUUCAGAUGGCUUUAGUCCAUUCAAGUCUAUGUCUAUCUCACAUAGCACAUGGCCGGUCAUCUUGAUUCCUUAUAACUUGCCACCAUGGUUGUGCAUGAAACAACCAUAUAUGAUAUUAUCAAUGAUUAUUGAUGGCCCUCGUGCUCCAGGUAAUGACAUUGAUGUCUAUCUACGACCCUUAGUUGAUGAGUUAAAAGAAUUAUGGAUUGGUGUUUCCACUUAUGAUGCAUCAAAUAAUCACAUGUUUCAAAUGCGUGCAUCAUUACUUUGGACAAUCAGUGAUUUUCCUACACUAGGUAACUUAUCAGGAUAUGGCGUGAAAACAAGAUAUGCUUGUCCUUGUUGUCUUACCAAGACUAAGUUUAGAAGAUUGAAAAAUGGAUAG